CCCGUGAGCCUCUGCUCUUCCCAGUUUGCUGCCGGUCCUCUUUCCCAGCAGCCCUCGCGCAGCGUCCUAGAUUUGUCGCACUCCAAGGUGGCAAGAUGUCGUCCGUGUCACCACUUUCAGUACCACUUAAAGAACAGAAACUCCUCAAUGUCAAACUGCAUCAGCUACCAGCCUGGAUUAUGAAGCGGGAUUUUUCCCCUAGUGGGAUUGUCAAAGCUUGUCGUAGAGGUUAUGAUGCGUAUUUCAAUAAGUACAUCAAUGUGAAGAAAAGCGGGAUUGGUGGUGUCUCUAUGGUCCUUGCUGCUUACGUCCUGUUUAGUUAUUGUGCCACUUACAAGUACCUUAAACAUGAACGGAGACGAAAAUACCACUGAAAAAUUCAAGACACUUCAGAUGAUGAAUUUUAUCCCUCAGCCUAGAGAAUUUGUGCAGUUUCUUGGUAAACGUCACUUGAUGGAGUCAAAUACCCAACAUUAAAGGAUGUGUUUAAACCUG